AUGCCUGACGACGCGAAUGAUCCCAGCUCUUCCAAUGCACGAUAUGUGGUCUACCAGGAUGUAUGCUACUCCUACGACUCUGCGACAAGCCCAGAAAUCAUCGACCUGCGCGGGCGCUUGCCACAGUAUCCCGAGUUCCUUGGGGCACGCAACAAACGGCUCAUUAUGAGCAAUGUCAUUCCUGAAGGUCUAGAUAUCUCAAGGUCCAGCCCUAUUGCUGAUCUGCCCUGA